CGACUGAUAUAUAUGCUCUGGGAAUGAUCAUGUGGGAACUUUUAGCAGGUGAACCGCCAUUUAAUAAUGUUUGUCACGAUAUUAGCUUAAUUUUAAACAUUUGUGAUGGGCUUCCUCCAAAUUCCUUGGCUGAAAUUAUGAAAAAUGCUGGGACAAUGACCCUGAUAAACACACAAUUUUUAAAAAAAGUUCAAAAUGAUAAUUCAUUAUUAACUUCUAUUGAACUAGUUUGCCCAAAAUGCUAUUUAGAUUGCAAAACAUGUAAUAGACCUUGUCAAGAUGAAACAUGGUGUGACAGGAAGCCAAAAACAGGUCUCAAAAAUUUAAUAGGGAGUCUUGAAAAAUACAAAUUGCCUGAGUCUAAUCCGAUAACUGAUAUUAUCCAAAAAACAUAUAAAAUCGAUAAGGAAAAGGAUCUAGA